AUGUUCGAUUACGCGGGGAUAACCGAGACUAAUAAUUUGUUCCACGAAAACAAGACGCUGGCAAUCAUUCCAUCGUCCUUCCUACAUAGAUGGCGACUAUGGCUAACCAGACCUACGGAAUAUGAGCGACCUGAAUCUCUGGACAAUACAGUUUUCCUCUGCGAACAUGACAUGUUGACUUUCGAUCCAGAAACAUACGAGAUUGAGAACGAUGUUGCUGCUAUUCUGUACACUGAAUGGCAAACUCUGAAACAGAUAUACACCGCCAGACCUUUGAUUUCUCUUGAAUGUAAAAAAGGACAGGAGAGGGCUAUAUAUAGAAUGUACGACUACCAUAUGUGA